AUGGAAAGAAGGCUCAAGUGGUCAGAAGUCCCCAUCUUGUUCAACCUCAGGGAUCAUCCCCUGAAUCUAUAUGACGGCCCACUGCUCCCAUUGGUUAUUAAACCAUACAUCAGGAAUUACAAGGUUACCCUACAAGAUGGCGAGAACCUAAGGUCCGAAAUCCUGACUUUCGAGGUAGCCGACUAUGAGUCGGCCUACAACUGCAUUCUAGGAAGACCUUUCCUGAAGAAAUUUAUGGCUACGGCCCACUUCGCCUACUCGGUGCUGAAGGAGUCUGGGCCCCAUGGACCCCUCACUAUAUACGGUGAUCGGAAAGGUGCAGUCACCUAUGACAUGAAAACUCUCGGCCUGAUCAAGCAAUUUAGGCGGGUUCUCACCGACCUAGCUGAGCCACCGUCAAAGCAGCAAAAGACCACAGACCUAACUGUUAUGACAACGCCAGCAGUAACACUGCCUGCACCUAUUGUAGCAGCCCUAGUUGUGGCCAAGCCAUCGAUUCUAGAGGCCGAGAGUUCUAAAGCAGCUGAAGCCAGGUCCAAGGCACCUAUCCUGCCACAGAAUUAG